AAAUCCACAUCACCCCCAAAUCCAUCAUUUUUAUCGAAUUUGAUUCAUAAGCAAAUAAUUAGUAAAGGUACUCAUCGAUCAAAUCUUUAUAAUAAUCCAAAAAGGUUGAAAAAUGAGAGGCAGGAGUUACAGUUACAGUCCAUCACCAGAAAGAUACCAUCGAAGUCCAAGUCCAAAGAGGGGUCGUCGUUACGGUGCUAGAGAUCUUCCUACUAGUCUUUUGGUUCGCAAUCUUGGCCGCGGGUGUAGGCCAGAAGAUCUUCGUGGACCAUUUGGAGAGUUUGGCCAUCUGAGGGAUGUUUACUUGCCACGUGACUAUUAUACAGGAGAGCCACGUGGUUUUGGUUUUGUACAAUAUCAUGACCCAUAUGAUGCUGCUGAGGCUAAAUAUCAAAUGGAUGGUCAAAUACUUCUUGGCAGGGAGCUCACAGUCGUGUUUGCCGAGGAAAAUAGGAAGAAACCUUCAGAAAUGAGGGCAAGAGAACGCUUCAGGGGACCUUCAUAUGAUCGUAAAGGAUCUUCUGCACGUUAUUCACGUUCGCCUAGCCGUGGCAGAUCAUACUAUCGUAGCCCAAGUUAUUAUUCUCCUUCCCCUAGGCGGGACCGCUACUCUAGGGGACGUUCAUAUGAUCGUAGAGGAUCUUCCUCUCGCUAUUCUCGUUCUCCCAGCCGUAGAAGGUCAUGCUAUCGCAGUCCAGUUUACUAUUCCCCUUCCCCUAGACGACACGGCUGCUCCAGGUCCAUCUCUCCUCGAGCACGAAGGUACAGAGAAAGGUCUUAUUCAAGGAGUCCAUACAGAUCCGUAAGUAGGAAUGUCAGCCCAGGCAGUAGCAGGAGUCCGGAACGUUAUUAGUUAAUGAAUCUAGAAAGGAAAAAGUUGGAACCUCAUCUGUAUUAUGAAUUUACUUGUUUGGUGAGAUGAGUUUGAACUGAGUUUUUUAUUUUGUGGUAAUUAAAAGUUGACUUUCAUGA